CUCUGCCUACUUGUGCCCUCUAUCUUUCUGUCAAAUAAAUACAUAAAAUCUUAAAAAAAAAAACAACACAGAUACUGCGGAAUUCUGUGGGACGGUAAUUAAAAACGAACCAAUGUACAGACAGGAACAUGCUGUGUUCUCACAAGCAGGGCUGACUUGAUAUUUACGUCACAUAUGCAAAGCUUAGGGCCCCGUGCUCAGAUGUUCUCUCACUGUUUACUCCUCGGCUGCCUACAUCUUGGAAUUCUUCAUUUGCUUUUCAGCACGGCAUCCUGCGUUGUCACUUUGCACUGACUCUCGUCUGUUAGGCUGUCAGUCCUGCUCAUAGGAAUAGCAUAGAGAAAAGUAAGAAACGGGAUGAGAUUUAAUACAAAAUACCAUACAGAAAGGUAAUAUACUGUAUUCUUUACAAUGAUAUGCUACAGUGACAGGUUAUGGUAGAAAGGUCAGGCGUGUGGGAGUAGGGAUCAGAGACAAAGGUCAAAGUUAAAUAAGAAUAAACAAAACCACAAAGGGCCCUUAUAUGGGUGAAUAACUCAUUCACUGUAAGUCUCCAAACAACAACGAUUUGGAUUUUCUUUGGGUAAAGGGUGGCCUGCAGAAAACUCUGGGUAAAGUAGUUUAAUAAUGCAGUCAUUGAAAACUUCAAUUCAAAAUUAAAAUACUUUAAUGCAAUACUUGAAAACUUCACCUUUCCAUUUCUUUUUGCCUCAGAGUAUUUAAUUUUCUAGCAUGGACUAGAUUCCAGACGUUUCUAUAUUGCCAACACAUGAACCAUCUUUCCAGUGGGUGUUGUUUUUCUUCUCAAGACUCAAAAUGGCAGGCUGGUAAAACACAUUACUUUUUAAGUGGAACUGCCUAUGAAAAACAUAGAGAUAUAAAAUUUUUCUAAUAAAACAAGUCAAUCUCUAAAACAUUUUAAUUAACUGCCAAAACUAUUACAGGACAGGAGCAAAACCAAUGCUGAUACAAUUUUUAAUCAAAUCGAGUCUAAUCUUAUUACUCACAGACACAAUCCAAAGAGACUUGUUGGUGUUGAAAUCAGCCUCAUGCCACACAGUCCUGACUGACUGACCCCACGAAACUGCAAGUUUUGCUUUUCUAAGAACUCACCAGACAAGGUUGCCUGGGCAGCCUCUGUCAUAUUUGAAGCCAUGAUUAAUCUGCCCCGAGUUGAGAAGUUUCUGGUUGCGACAUCUUCCUGGCUGGCUGGAACAGAGCAUGUUCUCCUGGCAACUGCUUCGGAAGGAGCUGGAAUCCAUCUGAAGCUCCCAGGGCUUGAAGCAGAUCCCUUUGUCCCAGAGACUUCAGGGAUCAGAUUUUGUUUUUAAGUCAUCUUUACACCCAACGCAGGGCUCGAACUCACAGCCCUCUGGCAUCAAGAGUCAUAUGCUCCACCGACUGAACCAGCCAGGAGCCCCUCAUUUUACCUGUUCUGGUCUUCGUAGAGAAAGAAUUAUCAGGCAGACCCCAAAUGCAGCAGCUUUUAGCAACAGCAUACUGGAUGCUUCUUCUUGGACCUGUAUAUGGUUUUCACAAGAAAGGAAGUAUCACAAAUCCUGAAGCUAAUAUGAAUAUUAGCCAGAUUAUUUCCUACUGGGGUUACCCUUGCGAAGAGUAUAAUGUUGUGACCAAAGAUGGUUAUGUCCUCGGAAUUUACCGGAUUCCUCAUGGAAGAGGAUGUCCCAGAACAACUCCGAGACCUGUCGUGUAUUUGCAACAUGGCUUAAUUGCGUCUGCCACUAACUGGAUAUGCAACCUCCCGAACAACAGCCUGGCUUUCCUUCUGGCAGAUCGCGGUUAUGACGUGUGGAUGGGGAACAGCCGGGGCAACACCUGGUCCAGGAAACACUUGAAAUUCUCACCCAAAUCUCGAGAAUACUGGGCCUUCAGUGUGGACGAGAUGGCUGGCUAUGACCUUCCGGCCACAAUCGAUUUUAUCGUAGAGAAAACUGGACAAGAGCGAAUCUAUUAUGUGGGCCACUCACAAGGCACCACCAUCGCCUUCAUAGCAUUCUCUACCAAUCCAGAGCUGGCUAAAAGGAUUAAGAUAUUUUUUGCAUUGGCUCCAGUCAUCACGGUGAAAUACACCCAAAGUCCUAUGAAAAAAUUCAAAACUCUUUCCAGAGAAGUAGUCAAGGCACUAUUUGGUGACAAGAUGUUCUACCCUCAUACGUUUUUUGACCAAUUCAUUGCCACCAAGGUGUGCAACCGGAAGCUAUUUCGUCAUAUUUGCAGCAACUUCCUGUUUACUUUGAGUGGAUUUGACCCGAAAAACUUAAACAUGAGUCGCUUGGAUGUUUACUUGGCACAGAGCUCCGCGGGCACGUCUGUUCAGAAUAUGCUGCACUGGGCCCAGGCUGCUAAUUCUGGUCUGUUCCAAGCUUUUGAUUGGGGAAAUGCUGAUCAGAACAUGAGGCACUUCCACCAGCUUAUACCUCCCUUAUAUGACGUCACAAAGAUGGAAGUACCAACGGCUGUGUGGAGUGGAGGACAAGACCGUGUGGCUGAUCUCAAAGAUGUUGAGAAUUUACUCCCUAAGAUUACCAGGCUUAUUUACUACAAGUUGAUCCCACACUACAAUCAUGUGGAUUUUUACCUCGGACAGGACGCGCCCAAGGAAAUUUAUCAAGACCUUUUUAGACUGAUGGAAGAAUGUUUGCAAAAGUAAAUGCAUUUUCCUUUCUCUAAGUAAGUGGAUUCUCAAACUAAUAACGUGGCACACAAACCCCUAAGGUGACCCCUCCAGUGAUUUUCACCUACUAGUGUCCACAUUUGGGGUAAUCCUCUCCCCCUGAGUAUGGGAGGGCCCUGAGACUUGCUUCUGACCAACAGAACUGGCAAAGGUAACAGUGCCACGCCCUUGGUUAGAUCGUGUUUAUGGCAAAGGUGAUGGGACAUCACUUCCUGAUUGCGUUAUAUUGCCUGAGACUCCAUCUAAGUAGACUGGAGAAGAGCUUCCUCUUGUCGGCUUGAUGAAGUGAACAGAUACGGAAGCUCACGUGGCAAGGAGCCACGUGUGACAUCUGGCAUCUGCAGGUGGCCUCCAGCCCACAACCAGCAAACUGACGGAUCCUCAGUCGGACAGCAGCGGGAUGAAUUAGAGCCAGCUCUUGGGUGAGCUGGAAGCCCAUUAUUCCCCAGUGCAGCCUCUAGUGGAAAAAGCAGACUGGCCACACCUCGUGUGCAGCCCAGGGAGUCCCUGAGCAGAGGAGGUUGCUGCACCAUGUCCAGACUGUGGA